AAAUUUGAGGAAAAUGUAGAGACAUGGAAGCUCAAGUGAAGAACCAAAAUGUAUAAAACCGGAGAAACAUGAUAGGGUUUUUACAAAUUGAGUUUUAUCAAAGGAUAAUUAAAUUAUUGAAAUAGCAGUUAAUCAAGAAAAUGCCUCACGAUAAAGAUGCCGUGUUCGAUAAAGUUAUGCAAUCUGUAGGAGACGAUGGAGCCUUUCAAAAACGAUUCAACUAUUUCUACAAUACUGCAAUGGUUGCCUUGACUGUGAUGCCCUAUAUUAACAUCGUCAUGAUGAUGGCAGUUCCUGAUCACUGGUGCCAUGUACCAGGCAGAAACGAGACCAAUUACUCACUCGAAGAGUGGAAGGCAUUGACAUUGCCAAGAGAAUAUAAUUCCAAAGGACAAAUCGACUACAGCUCUUGCAAUAUGUACAAUAAAUCAUGGUCUGAAGAGACAAAUAAGAUUGAAAGUCAAAUAAUACCUUGUCAGCAUAGUUAUGAAUAUGACAGAACAUGGUAUUUAUCAACGGCUCCAUCUGAUCAAGACUGGGUUUGUGAUAGAGAACUGUAUGUAACUAAUACAUUUGCUAUAGGACGUGCAGGCGAAGUCAUAGGUACAUUUAUCUUUGGUCAAUUAGGAGACAGGAUUGGAAGAAGACCAGUAUUUUACUUAAGUCUCAUCACAAUCGUCACCGGAAGACUAAUUACAGCAUUUACUUCCAGUUGGUUUAUUGUUUUUAUAACAGCGGCUUUUCUUGGUUCACUAACAUCUACAUCUGUUUUUCAAAGCCCUUUGAUAAUUGCGAUGGAAAUAUCCAGAAGUGAAGAUAGAGCACACAUUGCCAUGAUGCAGUCCAUCGGGUGGACCAGUGGAAUGAUUCUUAUGCCGUUACUGAUGUGGGCGACGCGAGAUUGGUUUAUCUUUGCUUUGGUUAGCACUAUUCCAUGUACAAUAUUUUUAAUUCAUAAUAAGUAUAUGAUUGAAUCGCCAAGAUGGUUGGCAAGUCGAUGUAAAAUAGAACGAUGUGAAAAUACAUUAAAAAUCAUUUCCAGCGUAAAUAAGACAACUCUUAAUGAAGAUGCAAUUAGAGUGUUAAGAGAAAAAUCCUCAGGAAAACCAGAAAAAGUUUACGGAAUCAUGAGUUUAUUUUCUAGUUUACGUUUAGCUAGAAAUACUACACUUAUUGUGCUUUGCUGGAUUGUAUGUUCCGUGACGUAUUUUACAUUAAUUUUGAACGUGAGCAAUAUGGGAGGUAAUCCAUUUCUCAACUUUUUAUAUCAAUCGGCAGUAGAAUUACCAGCAUAUCUACUAGGACGUUUCUCCAGCGACAGAAUAGGAAGACGUUGGACCUCUGUAGCUUCUUUUGGAAUUGCUCUGGCAGCAUCUUCCAUUCUUAUAUGCAUUGCCAAUGAUGAAUCCCUCCAGAAUUUGGUAUCACUGUUAGCCGUGGUAAUGAAAUUUUGCAUAAGCAUCACGUUUUAUGUUGUGAAUCUGCAAGCAAUGGAAACAUAUCCAACCUGUUUGAGGCAGACAGGAAUUUCCAUUGGAACUAUAGUUUCAAAUGCAUUAGGAGUAUUAGGCCCAUACAUUGUAUACUUGGGAACCACAUAUGACGCCAGAUACCCGUACGCUGUACUUUCCGUAAUGAUGAUGGUGGGCGCGACUUCCGGAAUGUUCUUGCCGGAAACUUUACACCAAAAGUUACCGGAAACGCUAACUGAAGCUCACGUAUUCGGCAGGGAUCAGGUGUUCUGGAGCUUACCGAAAAAAGGUGUAUCAAAGUCUACAGAUACGGCCGUCAAGAAAUUAUCACAAGAAGACUGUUAAAUAGUUAUAAUUUGUAUUGUUAUACAUAUGUUUCUUAUAUAAUAAAAUUAUAUUUAUUGUACAUAAAUUAUUGUGCUGAAUUUUAAAAUCAAAUUUAACUAA